UUUCCACUUACGCACUUUGCACGAGCUUGCGCCUCUUGCGCAAACGCUAGCUACACUUACAGGUGACACUCCUCACUCCACUACUUCGCUUGACAGCGUCCCAACUCGCGCCAUGUCAGGUCUAGAUGUGGAAGCUUUACUUGACUCCACCGCUGCCAAUGCCAACGGGGCUGAGGCCAAGGACGACACCCGAUCCCCCGCUCCCGACGAGAAGAAUGACCGCCGCGACCGCACCAGAGACGGAUCUCGCGACCGUAGACGUCGCGAUCGCAGCCGCGACCGUGAUGGCGAUACUGAAAUGAAGAGCCCUCGCAGCGACAGAGGCAGCGUCAACGGUAGCGUGAGGAGCAGGCGCCGUAGCAGAAGCCGCGACUCCGACAGACGCCGUGCUCGCCGUCGCCGCGAAUCCGUUGACGAAGAUGGCUAUCGCAGUUCCCGCGGCGACUACUACCGUGGCAGUGGCCGCGCUCGUAGCAGAUCCCGUUCCCCGCAUGGUGACGAUGACAGAUACUGGCGUCCGUCCGGCCGCUCCCGCCGCGACGAAGACCGUGAUAGAGACCGCGAACGCGAACGCGGAUUCGGCGGACGCCGUCGUGAGCGGCGCCGCAGCCCCACCCCCAAACGCUCUGCGACUCCUCCUUUGACUGAAGAUGAGCGUGACCGUCGCACAGUGUUUGUCCAACAACUCGCAGCUCGUUUGAGAACCAAGGAGCUUGUGGCUUUCUUUGAGAAGGUUGGCCCUGUCAAGGAGGCACAGAUUGUUAAGGACAGAGUCAGCGGCCGCUCGAAGGGUGUGGGUUACGUGGAGUUUAAAAACGAAGAAUCGGUUGCUGCUGCCAUUCAGCUUACUGGCCAGAAGCUCCUAGGUAUCCCGAUCAUCGCGCAGCUCACCGAAGCUGAGAAGAACCGUCAAGCCCGUUCCGGAGAGGGCAACAGCAACAACGCUACCGGUGUUCCUUUCCACAGACUCUAUGUCGGUAACAUACACUUCAGUAUUACUGAGAGCGAUCUGCAGAAUGUCUUUGAGCCUUUCGGCGAGUUGGAGUUUGUCCAACUACAGAAGGAAGAAGGUGGUCGUAGCAGAGGUUACGGCUUUGUGCAAUUCCGUGACCCCACCCAAGCCAAGGAAGCUCUUGAGAAGAUGAACGGCUUUGACUUGGCAGGACGUCCCAUCCGUGUCGGCUUGGGCAACGAUAAGUUCACUCCUGAGUCUACUGCGAACCUCCUUCAGCGAUUCCAGGGACAAAACCAACCCAACUUCCAGGGCUCAGCAUUCUCCGGUUCCGGUGGUCGCGGCGCUCAUGCUGGAGGUUCCGGCGGCAACUUCGACCGUGCGGGAGGCCGCGAUAACGACAAGGGCGCUGGGGGUGCCAGUGCGCUUGACGACACCGAUGUUGCUGGCGUCAACUUCAACAACUUCAGCCGCGACGCCUUAAUGAGGAAGCUUGCUCGUACUGACGACUCUGGUGAUACUUCCAAAGACAAGCAGAAGAUUGCCGCGCCUGCUGCUCCGGUCCGCCAACUUCCUGUUAACGUUAGCAUGGCUAGCCGUUGCGUCGUGCUUAAGAACAUGUUCGAUCCGGCCGAAGAGGAAGGUGAAAGCUGGAUGAAAGAUCUUGAAGAUGAUGUCAAGGAAGAGUGCCAAGCCAAGUACGGUACUGUCGUUCACAUUGCAUUAGAUCCGAACACCCAGGGCGACAUCUACGUCAAGUUCGAGACCGUUCAGGGCGGCGAGAACGCGAUCAAAGGUCUGAAUGGUCGCUUCUUCGGAGGCCGUACGAUCACCGCUCAGCCCGUGGUUGACGCCGUCUACCGCAGUCUCUUCUCGAAGGCCAUGUAAAUGGCUGGCUGACUCCAUGCGUUGAUAUAAUAUUUUGUGCUAAGACGAAUUCUUGCGGAAGUUCGGUGUAUGUGAACAUGUUUGAGGUUACUCCCAUUCUCGCCUGCUUGUUUUGUCUAUCUCUAUCUUGCACUCGGUCGGUUUUCUGCCUUAGCAAUGUUGCUCUCUAUGACCACACGGCCGUCUGGAUUGUCGAUAAAAACGAGAUGGUCCCGUGUACAAUUGGAUAUACCAGAAGCCUAAGAAUUGAUCGUGUGGCCUGUAGAUUUAUAAUAUAUAUGAUCAAUUCUAGCCUAGCUGUACAUAUAAC